ACCAAAUAUUUACGACCGAUUCUAGAACUCUGUUUUUUUUCUGUCUCUUCCGUUUCAGCAUCAUCCUGGCAUGGAAGUGGAAAUUGCCGCAAUCAAUGCGUAUCGAGAAUUGCCGAUAUUGCCAGGCAUCAGCCACUCGAAAUGGAGGCUACAGCAGUGGCUCUUUCACCGGUAGAUAGCUCUAUGGAACCAAAGCGAUUGCCAGAAGCUGACCGAAUCGGCUUGGGCAUAAAUUUGGAUCGAACGUUCCUAUCUAAUAAUAUUAACAAUAAUAAUAACAACAACAACAACCCUAGCAUGAAAUGCUUGCAAUAUAUCACUCCUCCGGAUCCUCCUCCAGCUCCAGCGCUUCUGUUCGACUACGUUGUUGAGCAGAGUGUCCAAAGCAGGACGCAACAGCAACAACAGCAGCAGCAGCAAGAGAACAAUCUCCUAGAUAGCGAAAUAAAAAAAAUUGAAAACAUUAGCUUUACUAGCAAUAUCGACGAGCAAUCGGAGAAUAGUCAGAAGAAAGAUGAUCAAGACGAGCAACUAGAAUCAAUCAACUUACCUAGCAACUUAAGUACAAGGCCAGUAGUACGAACGGAACUGAUAGACGAGCAGAAGCAGGAAGACGACACGAUGUCGACUGCAGGUACCGAAACAGUGAAACAAUCCGUCAAUUUCAGUGUUACCGAAACCUCAACUAACCAACUAACCAGCGACCAAAAUACAACGAAUUCAUCACCUUCGACGUCAGCGAUUGUAACCACCAUAUCAUCAUGCCCUCAAAGCGAUAACCCAUUGAUCACGAUUAACGUUAACAGUCAACGCAGCUUUGCUAACAACCCUCAUAACCAAACGCAAUAUCAUCCCACAACAACCGAACCACCACCACUAGUAACGACCAACCCAUCAGCCCAACUACCAUCGAAUGGAACCGCUUCCGUAACCAACCAAUGUGAUAUGAUCAAUCCAACGAGGAAUGCGCCACCACCACCCUUGCCUUCAGUAACCAAAAUAGCCAUCGAAAGCCAAACCAAUACGGCGAACGUAACGUCGGAAGCAUGCGCGUCGUCUUCUAAUACUUUUUACUCCUCAGCAACGGCUUCCGCUUCCGCUCCAAACGUCGUCACCACCUGCUCCAGUAAACCACCCAUUCCUUCUAACAGCAAUCACUCCCAUCACAGUCACCAGCACCACUCUCCCCAAUACCAUCCGCAACAACCAUAUCAUGUCCACUACCACCCCGUACAAGGUGGAUUCCCAAUUCCUGCCGGGCUGUCCAGUACCCAAUCACCCACCUCGAAUCACAGCGUUCGCUUCAUGACCCAGCACAUUAAAAUUUUACCCAAAACUCAAUCCCUAGAUCUGGUAGAGAGCGACGAUCUACUGGAAGCGACCAACCGGACCGAAUCGCAGCUGGACAUCAACACGGCCGGGGUAACGGCUUUCAAGAGCCGGGUGCUGCCAAAGCUUCAACCGCUGGAUCAAACGCGCCCGAUCUACCCGAACGUACCGUACAGUCCGUACAACAGCCCGUACGGAAGUCCACGGAGCGGUCGACGACGGACGCCCCUGCGCGAAUCUCGCCGGGUGUCAAUCGAACAGUCCGGUAGCUUCCUGCAGCUAAACCAGUACAAGCUGCUCGAUCAAAUUGGACAGGGCUCCUACGGUCUGGUGAAGCUCGCUUACUCCGAGGAGGACUCCACCCACUAUGCCAUGAAGAUUCUUUCGAAGAGAAAGUUGCUGCGCAAAGCCGGGCUCAUGCGUCGGGGUCCCAAGCGGGGUACCUCUCCGCUGGAUCGAGUUUAUCGAGAAAUCGCGGUACUCAAAAAGUUGGAUCAUCCCAACGUGGUGAAACUAGUCGAAGUCCUGGACGACCCGUUGGAGGACUCACUAUAUCUCGUAUUCGAGUUAGUCGAACACGGUGAAAUACUGAGCAUUCCAACGGACACGCCGAUGAGUGAGGAACGUGCCUGGACGAUAUUUAGAGAUGUGCUUAUGGGAGUGGAAUAUCUUCACUACCAACGAAUAAUCCAUGGAGAUCUCAAACCGGCUAACUUGCUGCUAUCCGAUUCGGGUAGCGUCAAAGUGGCCGAUUUGGGAGUGUGUAAUGAAUUCCUGGGUGAAGAUGCUGCCAUGAACAACGGAUCAACUGCGGGAACGCCAGCUUUCCGAGCUCCAGAAACCCUACACCCAGGUCAGCAUUUCUACAACGGAAAGGCAGCGGACAUCUGGGCCCUGGGAGCAACUCUGUAUAGCGUAGUACACGGCAAUGUUCCCUUCAUCGCAACUUCGGUUCCCGGUCUCUACGAGAAGAUCAAGAACGAUCCUUUAGAGUUCCCCCCUACCAGUAACAUUAGCCCCGAGCUGCGGGAUCUCAUAGAGACAAUGCUGGACAAAGAUCCGCAGCUGAGAAUCACUCUUCCUCAAAUCAAGGAGCACCUGUGGGUUACCAAAUUUGGGCGGUAUCCGCUGUCGAGUGAGGAGGAAAACUGUCGGCUAAUACAGAUCAACGACGAGGACAUGAACACCGUCGUCAAGAGCAUUCCGAAGCUGGAUACCUUGAUACUAAUCAAAACGAUGCUCAAGAAGCAUUCGUUCCAGAACCCCUUUAGUCGGGGCAUUUCCGGUAGGGCUCCGCAGCUCGGUGGGUCUCGGAUAGAGCGAUUCAGUAGAUCCGGUCGAUCGAACUCUGCUCCCGGGGAUUACCAUACCUCUGAAAGGCAACCAUCGAACGAAUCUCUCCUACCAUCGGUAACCGAAGGUGCAUCUAGUCCAAACGACAGCCCCGAAGAAUCUGUCAAACCCAGCAAUGUUCCGACCAUCACCAGAACUCCCUCGCAAGAACCGUCCACGCUAUCGGAGGAAGCUGAAAGGACUGAACCCACUCCAGUAGUAGCAGCAGCAGACUCCUCUGAAUCUCCUAAACCAAAUUCAACCCUUGCUUCCCCCAACACUGAACCAGCCCCAGUGCCAGAAAUAGCGAAUUCCAACGACCCAACGAAUUCCCCAAAACGGACCUACCUAGAAGUACUCUUAUAAUUGACCCCUACAAUCUUUGAUGCCUCACCGACAAACCCGACCCGUCUUCGUCUCUCUUUAUUUGCUCUUAAUGUGCGUUCAUCUAUUGUGACCGAUUCAUUCCCCAAACUCAUUCCAUGGAAACGACAAGAACAAACAAAAACAACAAAGAACCGACGAAAGCAAUGGCAAACUGAAGCAAAGCCUGGACUGGGCCCUGGUACAUACAUACAUUAUGUAAUUGGUGUAGUUGUUUUUAUUAUUGGUCAAAGUUUUUAAAAUAAGUCGAUCAUUGUGACAGCAUUCGCCUGCUUCAUUCUUGGGCAAUCCAGGUACACAAAUAAAUCCCGAGUUAAGGUUGUCAAGUCAGAAAAAAGCUUUUAAAGCGACAUAGCUAGUUGUUAGCUUGAAGAUUGUAAUUUCGUUUCAAACACGCACAUGCAUUCAGUUUUAUCAGUUGGUUCCUUAAAACCAAUUCUUGAGAAAUGUUAACAUGCUACUCAAACGUGAAACGAUGAAUGAAUUUAAAUUUUCACAAACACUGAAAAACAUUUUUAACCUCAAUUUUAAGGGUUUAUCCUGUUAUGUUUGAAGAUUUUGAAAACCAGUCGGCGGGAAGACAUAAGAUUUGCUAACUGGGCACCUGGAGUGACAAUUUUAGCUCAGGAUUAUUGAACAAGUCCUUUAGCAGACCGUAAUACGUAGCCAUUAAAUUUGGGUAUUUUGCUGCUGUUGUUGCUAUUUUAUUUGUACUUAUCACGAGGAUAUUUACAUGUGCUGUUGAUGAUUUUUUUAAAUCAGGAAAUUAAACUAGGUGUUCGAUAACAAUAUAGGAUGUUAUUAUCAUGGAUAGAGAAGAAAAAACAAACGAUAGCUUUUAAAACACUUUUUUAAAUGUAACACACAAUCGGAAUGUACAUAUUUUUACAAGUUUGCUCUCUUUUUAAUGAACGAAAAAAAAACAAAUAACAAUGUUACAAAUUUAUGAAUAGCUUACAAAGGUUAAUAUAUAGGCAUACUGCAUCCUAUGAAUAUCGUUAAUAUAUCAACAAACACAGUUACUGACCAAAAAUUCGAUGAUAAUCCUUCUGUUCAAUGAACAUAAUUAACACAAUGAUCCAAUCCAUUACUUAUAUGUAGCUCGACUCGAACAACCGGGAGGGCCAAUUUCAGAAAGAUACGCUUUAAAAAAAAACAAAAAGUAAAGUAAUAUAACCUAACAUUAUAUACAAAUACGAUUACAGAUAUAUAACUACUAAAUGGUUAAUACCGCACAGCUUCGCCGAAAACUGAACAAUUUUGUCCGGUGUUUUGCUACCAGUUCCUUUUGGCUGUUUUUCUGUAAACUUGGAGCUGAAAAUAUUUAUAGAGGCAAUGUUUCUAAACAGACCAAAAAAUCUGCCCAAAGCAAUGUAAAACAUAAACCAUGAUAAAUUUGAAUUUGUUCGAAUAACGUUCGGCUUAUAGUAAGCCUCAGCAAAUUUCCAGAGAAUGAUGAAUCCAUCAUUCAUUGAAUGUUGGCUGGGGCAUUCUUCACACCGAAUAGUUAUAGAACAUAUUAAAAUUUUCAGUUGCCUAUGUUUUACACUGUUUUGUAGAGGGCUUGAACGUGUGUUUUUAUUUGAUGAAACCAGCCAAGUAGAUUUUCUCUCUUUAACAUCUCAAGGUCUACUCAAUUUCUAAGGUUUCUUAGAAAAAAAUAAUUUUCUCAUUUUUUUCUCUUUUCAACUGCAUCGACACGAUUCUCGUCUCUACGAAGUUGUCGAUAAAACUUUCUAAGAUCUAUUUCAAUUAGGUAAUUCCAAUCUCUGGUUACUGAUGAGCUGGUAUGCAAAAAACACCAAUAACUCGAAAGCUUGCUAGUGUAAAAAACUUCAACCAGCCGACCAAAACAAAAUAGCGCGUAGCUUGGAAAAUUAAGCCAAGUGGAGGUUCAAAGCACGAAGCCGAUCUUGUGAAUUCUAACUUUUGCAUCUUAUAAAUUCAACAAAUGGCUCUUUCUCUCGUAACAAAUAAUGAAUACCAUACAUAUAGAUGUAGCAGUGAACAGUUCUUCAACUUUUUUUUAAAUAUAAUACAAUCUCACUAUAGACUUAACAAUUUCUCUAAGCUACAUAGCGAUAUACCUAACUUGUUACAAAAAAACGUGUUUGAUACAAUUCAGAUGAUAGUCAAAACCCCGUUGAGCUUUAAUCGAUAUAAUGAACAAAAAGUUUUCAAACAAAAAAUAACAUAAUAUACUCACAAACUACUAUUUCCAACUGAAACCAGAGAGUAGAGGUUGUUCUAUUUUGUUAAACUUUUAAACUAUCAAAGCCAUGGCAAAAACAAAAAAAAAUGUAAAACGAAACUGCAGCUUUUCAACACAUUGGGACCAUCCUCUUUCACUACUUGUUUGGUAAAUGUUGAUCCACACGGAAUGAUGAAAUACGGAAUUUGCUGCACUCAUGCCAUCACAGUGAAAACUCACGCCUUCCCAAAACAGACUCCUCGCGCGUAUAACUUACAUAGAUGUAAAUGUUCUAGUAGUUUUUCGGAAAUGUGUCUAUCGAAAAUUACGAAAGAAAACAAGCUUUCUCUCUAGAGACGCGCAGAAUAACUCAAAACUGUCGCUACGAAAACUCUCAACAAUUUCCGUUUAAAAAUAAGUUUCUAGACUUUGGAAACGAAACGAAGAAAAAUCCCGUAAGAUUCAUAAACUCAAUUUGUUUCCAAACCAAAAAUGAUCGGUUUUUUUUAAUUUAAAAAAAAUCAAAUAUACAUACGGAAGAAAAUAAGUUUGACUGUAGAUGACAAAAAGGAAAUAUAGAUCGAAUGAUAUAGUAAACCUUAUUAAACGAGUUCUCGUCAUGAAUAUCGAUUCUGUAUUCUGUAUUCAAUUUUGAUUCAGAAAUCCGAUUUCGAGUUUUAAUUUUUAAUUUUAACUAUGCAAUCUGGUGUACUUGGAUUUUUUAAAUCAUUUUCAUGGAUAAAUUCAACUCCUUUUUUCAUGAAUACAAUAACCCUCGAAGUGUCGUAACCAAUACAAGAAUCUUCACCUGAUAUAUUUGCAUAUCAGAGAGUUUGAGCUGUAUCUGACUGUCAAUAAAAAUUUAUAAAACUAAAAUAUAUUUCAUAACAAAUCGAUGUUGUAUAAUUUUAUCGAAAAAAAAUACAGUCCGGUACCAAAACCAAAAGUAGUUAACGACUGAUUUAAAUUAAACCUAACAAUUUCCAAAAUUUAGCGCCACUUGAGAUACAUAUUUACAACUUACUUUCAAACCAAAAAUCUUAAGUUCAUGAACAUUCCUUUGAAACAAAUCUCAUUGCCAUUUUAAAUGAAAACUGCAUUCAUUACUUUACAGCGACAAUCAAUAAAAAGGUGGUUUAAUAAUAAUCAUUUGGCAUUACUUUAACCUUAUAUCCACAUUCUCUCAAAAGCAAUAUGCUUGUUUUGUUAGCUCUAGAAAAAAGCAAACGACAAAGUUUGCAGUUACAGCACAAGUUAAGUCAAGCUUAUUUUUUACACAUACAAACACAAAUAUAAAUUAUAGUUAAUAAGAAAAAGAAACUAUGAGCGCAACAUCUGUGAACAAUUGAAAUGUGAUCCACUUUUUUGCGGAAUUUAAAUGUAUAGCGUUAUUUAAUUUUUGUGGUUAAAACUAACAAAACCGAAUAUGAAUACAUAUAUUUAUUUUUUAUAUUAAACAACAUCUCUCCACGUUGUAUUUCUUCGUCUCUUUAAUCGGAAGUGAGUGAAAAAGAAGAACACAAAGCAGUCAACCAACGGAAACCGAAAAAGGGCUGGUUUCGCUU